AUGCCAACUGUAGAUACUAGAAAGGAAUUUUUAUUGACAACGGCUUCCAGUUAUCUUGGAAUUCCAAUCUCCGACAAUACAAUUACCCGUCUUGGUAAAGAAGUCCAAGUGGAUACCUUUUUGGAUGAUGGCAAUUGUACUACUUUAAACUUAACACUACAAAAACAAUCAGAUGGGAGUAAGGCAAUUGUAGCCAAAAAUACAGCAAGUCCGAGUGAUACAUCACAACAAACUUUGCUCUUUUACAAGCUGAAACCGGCUGUUAUAACACCUGAUAAUAUCCAUAAUAAUGUUGUGGUCUCAUCAUUGCUAGAUUCGCCCGUCGAUACGUUAUACCAUAGUGUCCAUCAUAUUUUCGCUCCACUAUUACUCCGAGACCAAAAAUGGAGCCAGUCGCUUGAUCCAAAAUUACAGAAAUUAAUCAGCGAACUGGAAGCGGGUUUAGCAAGUACCGUACGCCAACAAAAUAACCAAUCGAAAUUUCAAAGUGCUGAUCAAACCAAUAAUUUUGCCGGGAUAUUAACUCCAUCCGACGAAUUUAAUUAUUGGUCUGAAUUAUCCUUAUCCAGUACCAAGCAAGAAAUACGAGAAAGAGCUGGACAUUUUAAAGAAUUGUUCCAACAACUGGCGAGUGGUUAUGCAAAUAUCGAUGCAACAACAUUAGGUGACAGUAUUGAAUUAAUUGAACAAACACAAGACGUUUUAGAUGAUGUUUGGAAACAACUUGAAUUUAAGCCUCCGUAUUCGGAAGAUAGAAUGAGACACUUAUUAGGAGUCAUAAAUGGUUUCAUUGAACGAUACAUUCAACGUAAAUUGAAUGUACUAAAUUUAUGGACCGGCCCCUAUCAUCAAGUUAGAGAUUCUAUUAAAGCUGGUCUUUCCAUUUGCGAACGCUGGACUGUUGCCACUGAAACACUAACCGCUCAGUUCUGGAAACGUUACGGCCCUAAUCCCUGGAGUGGAGAAAAAUUCAAUCCCGAAGAUUUAUCUCGGUUUUCUGGUCGCCUAGAGGAAAUUCUAAAUUUACGCUCUACCCAUGAACAACUAACUCAUUUACUGUCUGUUUACGAAUGCGAUGAAUUAAAAACUGAUCAAGUCUUUCAGUCCUUUUCUUCUUCAAAUCCACUUUAUUAUAAUCCUUAUACUGAACCUCUCUGGCGUGCUGCAGUUAGCCAAUACGAGAAAGGCAUGAUACCAGCAGAGCAGAGAAUUGCUAGCAAACUUCGAUCUCAGUUGAGAGAGCUUCAAGGAAAGCCUCAUCAACUACUAAGAGAAUUCCAACGGUAUCGCGAAUUGAUUAAAAGAUCAAAUAUUCGUAAAUCCUUAGUAACUGAGAGGGAAACAUUACUGGGUCAAUUAGUUGCUUAUAUGAAAAGUUUAAAAGAAGAGUUUACCUCUCAUCUGAAUAUUCAUCAGUCUGGUGGUAAACAAGAUGCUUCAUCAAGUGGUAAAAAUAUUCCAGAAGUUGUUAAUAAUAUUAUUUGGACAAGACAAUUGGAAGCGAAAGUUGAUGAAACGAUGACAACUGCUGAAGUCUUGCUAGGAGAUCUGGAUGGCUUUAAACAAUUUCGCAAAGAUAUUACAGAUCUACUGGAAGAGCUCCAAGGAUACCGUAAUGACCUAUUCGAUAAUUGGUCUCAUUCUAUGAUAUCAGCUUUAAGCGACCCUAAGCAAUCUCUGAGUUUGCAAACCAGUGGACGUCUUAUGGAAUUAUCAAAGAAGGAUCAAGGAAAGCUGAUUGUCCACUACAGCGAGCGACUGGUUACACUUCUGAGAGAAGUUCGUCAACUUUCUGCCCUAGGUUACGUUAUCCCAGCCAAAAUUCAACACGCAUCUGAAACUGCUCGAAAAUUUUAUCGUCAUGGAGUCAUUUUAAAGCAGGUUGCUCACUUUUAUAACACCAUUGAUCAGCAAAUGAUUCCAAGUCAACAGGCAAUGAUGUUAAACACUGCUCUUUCAUUUGAGAAACUAAUUAAAAAUCCCAAAACUGGUUCAACUAAUACUAAUGAUGGACGGAUACAAAUCACUUGGGAUAAUCCUAAAGAACUUGAAGAUUAUAUAACAAAAUUGCAGUCUACUGCUGAUAAACUAAUGUCUGAGAAUCGGUUGCUAAGAAAAUGCCACAAUACAAUUACUGAAAAGGUUACUCGUUUAUUUAGUAUCGAGUUACUAAAACAACAACAAAGAUGGAAAGAUGGUCUAAUGGAAAUUAGACAAAUCAUGGCGAACUUAGGCAAUAUUUCGCAGAAAUUUAAUGCCGAAAGUAUGAAAACUUGGAAACUUCAUUGGGAUCAUCAACUUUACAAAGCUUUGGAACAUCAAUAUCAAUUGAGCCUUGAAUCAUUAAAUGAAAACUUGUCUGAAAUUAAAGUUGAGCUGGUAUUCAGACAACAAAGAUUGCAAUUUCGGCCUCCCAUUGAAGAAAUACGUGCCAAAUAUUAUCGUGAAAUUAAAAAAUUCAUAUGCAUUCCAAAUCAUUUCCGAGGGGUUUCCGACAAUGUAUCGCCAUUAGAUACCAUCUUUCCAGCUAUGAUCGACCGUAAUUCUGAUGGAUUUGCUGUAGUUUAUCGUAAAGCUGAGCAAUUGUUUGAAAGACUAGAAAAUGCUCGCAAUAUGUUUAUUGACUGGACUGCUAUUGGUGCUAUCGAUAUCGACAAAGUUGUCGAAGAACAUUUAACGACUGUAAAUCAAUGGGAGAAAAAUUUCCGUGCCUUAAAAGCUCGUGGCAGAGAAGCUGAGAAACUACCUAGUACUAUUAAAGUUGAUUGCAUCAUUGUCUCGACCAUCCCUGUUAAAACAACCAUCGAUGAUCAUAUUCAACAGCUGUAUGAUGCUUUGGUCAACUCUUUACGUCGUUCAAUAACAUCUCAUAUAACCGUAAUUGAUGAAUUUUUAAACGAUGCAAUCGAUAAAUUAUCAACAAGGCCACAAAGCGUUGAAGAAAUUAGUCAAGCAAAAGGCGAUCAGAAAAAGUUAAGUGAAGAAAGAAGUAAAGUCUAUCCACACUUUGAAAAAGCUGAAUCUAAAAACAAAUUAUUGCGUUCUGUCGCUGGCCAAGGUAUCGAUCAACUAAGCCAAUUACAACCGCGCUGGGAUAAGUUUGAAUUAAUGAUGGAAAGCCAUGAGUUAAUGAUGGAAGAGCAAACUAAAGUUAUGCGCGGUAAUGUUGAAUCACGUAUUAAGACAUUCAACCUUGAAAUUGAAAAAUUUGCAUCGCGUUGGCAUCAACUAAAACCCAGUGAAAUUGAUUCCUAUUCCGAUACCCCUUCAUGCCUCAAAGCUGUAGAAUCAUUAAAAGAGCGCCGUGCUGAAUUUAAUGAAUUAGUUGAAAAUUCCAGUAAAAUUAAAGAAGAUUGUGUCCAUUUCGAGCUUGCAGAACCAGAAUUUCAACAAAUCACUGAAUUACAAACUGAUCUUCAGCAUUUCGAAUCCAUGUGGAAAUUAUUUGAAGAUUUCAUGAUUGGCUUAGAUAAAUUAGGUCAAGAAGAUUGGCUAUCCUUUAGAGCGUCUUCAUUCCAAUUUGAUGAAUUUCUAACAGAAUGGGAUGAUAAAUUAAGAAUGCUCAGUUUACAAAAUGAAGCCAAUACCAUGACUAUUAAAUUGCAAAAAGACAUCGAUCGCUACAAAGCAUUAGUACCAGUCUUAAAGUUUGUCCGUGGUGAGCCACUAUCAGCCGAUCAUUGGAUAGAGUUAUUCCGCAUUGUUAGCUUACCACGAGGAACAACAUUAGAGAAAUUGCGAUUUCAUGAUAUCCUAUCUGUAUCGGAAAAUAUUGUCGCUAAAGCAGGCGAACUAAAAGAAUUAAAUAGCCGAGCGCAUGGUGAAGUUUCAAUUCGUGAAGCUUUACAUGAAUUAGAAUUAUGGGGUGCUAGUGCUACAUUUAAUUUAACACCUUAUAAUGAUACCCAUGGACACGAAUUAAUGCUCAUUAAAGAAUGGAAAGAAUUAGUUAACCAAGUCGGUGACAAUCAAAGUUUAUUACAAUCCUUAAAAGAUUCACCAUAUUAUCGUGGUUUCGAGGAUAAAGCUACAAUAUGGGAAAGCCGUUUUGCUGAUCUGGAUGAAUAUUUACAUAAUUUAAAUCAAAUUCAACGUAAAUGGGUCUAUCUAGAACCUAUCUUUGGACGUGGUGCUUUACCUCGUGAGCAAGGUCGAUUUAAACGUGUCGAUGAUGAUUAUCGAUCUAUUCUGGCGGAUAUUGCUCGCGAUAAUCGUGUACUAUCGCUAGUAGCUAAGGCUGGACUACGCCAAUUAUUAGUAACACUAUUAGAUCAAUUGCAACGUUGCCAGAAAUCAUUAAAUGAAUUCCUAGAAGAGAAACGUUCAGUAUUUCCACGCUUCUAUUUCAUUGGUGAUGAUGAUUUAUUAGAGAUAUUAGGCCAAUCAACUAAUCCUAAUGUCAUUCAAUCUCAUUUGAAGAAAUUAUUCGCUGGUAUUCAUAGUGUUGAAUUUGGACCAGACAGCGGUACAAUUUUAGCUAUGAAAUCAUUAGAUGGAGAAGUUGUACCCUUGAAACGUCCAGUAAAUGUUACACCUGAAGUUGAAAUUUGGCUUGGCCAUUUAUCCAAUGAAAUGCAAGAGACAUUAAAAGAACUUUUAAAUCAAUGUGUCCAUGCUGGUCGAGCAGGAACAUCAGAAGUCGAUCCUAAUGUCUAUCCAUCACAAAUAUUAUGCUUAUCCGAUUAUAUUUUAUUUACAGAGCGCUGUGAAACUGCAAUUAAACAAGGUCGACUAUCGGAAUUUUUAAUCGAAACGGAAUCGCGCUUAGAUUCCUAUACCAGUGUGGAUAUGAGCGGGGAAUCAUCAUCGUUAUCCUUGCGUGUAUUGGAACUAAAAUUAAAAGCUAUGGUUUUAGACACGAUUCACUUUGUUCAAGUUGUUAAAGAUUUAAUCCAAGCUCAAGUUAAAUCGAUCGAUGAUUGGUUAUGGCAAAAACAGUUGCGAUUUUAUUUGAUUAAAGGCAGUUGCAUUAGCUGUAUGUGUGAUGCUCAAUUUGAAUAUACAUAUGAAUAUCAAGGCAAUGCAUCAAAACUUGUCCAUACCCCACUGACCGAUAAAUGCUAUUUAACAUUAACGCAAGGCAUGGAUAUCGGAUUAGGUGGUAAUCCUUACGGCCCAGCUGGAACAGGUAAAACAGAGUCAGUUAAAGCUCUUGGUGGUCUAAUGGGUCGACAAGUUCUUGUCUUUAACUGCGAUGAGGGUAUUGAUGUUAAAUCGAUGGGACGUAUCUUUAUCGGCUUAGUUAAAUGCGGCGCAUGGGGUUGUUUCGAUGAGUUUAAUCGAUUAGAAGAAGCUGUUUUAUCCGCUGUCUCCAUGCAAAUUCAAGUUAUCCAAGCAGCUAUUAAAAAUAAAUCGCCUUCUAUUGAAUUAUUAGAACGUGACAUUGAAAUCAAUACUAAUUCAGGCAUAUUUAUAACAUUAAAUCCAGCUGGUAAAGGUUAUGGUGGACGACAAAAAUUACCCGAUAAUUUAAAGCAGUUAUUCCGACCUGUUGCUAUGUCUAAACCCGAUAAUGAUUUAAUUGCUGAAGUGAUCCUCUUUUCUGAAGGCUAUAAACACGCUGAAAGUUUAGGUCGAAAAAUUGUAGCUAUCUUUAAUUUAUCCAAGGAAUUACUAUCUCGUCAACAACACUAUGAUUGGGGUCUUCGUGCACUCAAGACUGUCCUAAAAAGUUGUGGACAUUUAUUGUUGGAUAUGAAAAAUAAUUUAAAAUCACGAUCAGAGGAAGAGCAAAACGUUAAAAUUGAUAUCCAACUUGAAGGUAAACUGGUUGUCCAAGCGUUAAGAAUUAAUACAUUAUCGAAGCUAACGUUUACUGAUAGUAAACGAUUUGAUGCCUUAAUUCAAGAUGUUUUCCAAGGCAUUCCAUUUAGUGGCACUGGUUAUGAAAAACUAGCGGAAUCGAUACGUCAAGUAUGUCAAGAAUUUAAUUUAUCCGUAAACGAAAGGCAAGUUAAAAAAGCGCUCGAAUUAUAUGAGCAGUUACGACAACGUAUGGGUGUUGUUGUCGUAGGUCCUUCUGGUUCCGGCAAAACGACAUUAUGGCGUGUCUUAAAGGCAGCAUUAGCUAAAACUGGCCAAGUUGUCAAGCAAUAUACGAUGAAUCCAAAAGCAAUGCCUAGAACGCAAUUAUUAGGCCAAAUUGAUAUUGAUACACGCGAAUGGUCCGAUGGUGUUUUAACCUAUAGUGCAAGACAAGUAGUUCGUGAACCGAUUGAAAUUCAGUCUUGGAUUAUUUGCGAUGGUGAUAUUGAUCCUGAAUGGGUCGAAUCAUUAAAUUCUGUCCUUGAUGAUAAUCGUUUAUUAACGAUGCCAUCUGGUGAACGAAUUCAAUUUGGUCCUAACGUUAAUUUCUUAUUUGAAACUCAUGAUUUAAGCUGUGCAUCACCUGCAACUAUUUCACGUAUGGGUAUGAUCUUUCUAAGUGAUGAAGAUACUGACAUAAAAGCAAUUAUUGCAUCGUGGCUCCGUGGUCUACCAGAUGAGGAUCAAAAACGUUUGCAAACAUGGAUUGAAGACUAUUUCUUUCGUGCAUUCGAUUGGGUUUGGAAACAAAAUGAUCUUGUUAUCGAUACUAGCAUGAUUGGAAUGGUCAUGAACGGUUUAUCCCAUUUACGACAAUCCAGAAGUAAAGGUGAAUUUGCUGUUAACCUUAUACGUGGUUUAGGUGCAAAUCUACAUCAUGAUUCUCGCGUUGCAUUAGCAAAAGAAGUUUUCAAUUGGGUGCGUGAAUCACCACCUGAUUCGCGUCGUAUUCUAGAUAGUUAUUAUGAUAGCGAUAGUCAAAAAUUGAAAACCUACGAAAUAAUUGUGCCUGAUCAUUUAACGGUCGAAAAUUUCUUUUCGAAUCAAGCAUCGCCAGUCAUUAAUACCGCAGAUGCGCAACGAUCGAUAGACAUUUUUAAUUCUUGGCUGGAUCCAAAUAAUCGACAGCCAUUUAUUCUUGUUGGUCCGGAAGGUUGCGGUAAAGAGUUACUCUUACAUUAUUGCUUUUCACAAUUACGAUCAUGCCAAGUAGCUUUGAUCCACUGUAGCUCGCAAACAUCUCCAUCUCAUGUUAUCCAAAAAUUAAAUCAAAUGUGCAUCGUUAUUAGUACUAAUACUGGCCGUGUUUAUCGACCUAAAGAUUGCGAACGAUUGAUACUGUAUUUAAAAGAUUUAAAUUUACCUAAACCGGACAAAUGGAAUACUAGCCAAUUAAUUGCCUUCCUACAGCAAUUAUUAACUUAUAACGGAUUUUAUGACUCUAAUCUUGAAUGGGUUGGCCUUGAAGGUAUCCAAAUUGUAUCAUCGAUGAAUCCAAGUACAACAUUAGGUCGUUAUCCAUUAACAACAAGAUUUACAUCGAUUGUACGUAUAUGUUCUGUAGCUGUACCGGAAGAUUUACGCGCAAUUUAUGGCGAAUAUUUGCGUGCAAUUUUACAUCAUUCGUUAAGUAGUCAUCCAGUUUGGGGAUCCAUUAAAAAUGUCCAUACAUUAGCAGGAACAAUGGUCAAUAUCUAUGAGCAAGUUCGAUCCAAAUUUACUGUCGAUGAUUAUUCCCAUUAUUUAUUUACACCGCGUGAUCUAACAAGAUGGACAUUAGGUUUACUACGUUACGAUUUAGCCGAAUCAAGCGGAACAGGCGAUAGCUUAUUAACUGCAUUCGCUUAUGAAGCAAACAAAUUAUUUCGCGAUCGAUUAGUUGGAUCAAGCACAUUAGACCGAUUUGAUAAUAUUGUUCAAUCUAAUAUUCGAGCUGAUUGGUCAUUUACUCCUGAAUUAAAAGGUUAUCACUAUGUAUCAUGGGGUGCAACCCAAUCUCGAACCACCGUGCCAAGUGAUGAUCAAAGUAAUACCUUGCCAGCAAAACCUAUUUAUGGCCGCUUACUGGGUAAAUUAUCAGCUGCUGAUUUUCAACAAGUUGUUAAGAAAGGUUUGCAAAGUUAUAGCCGUGAAAAUGGUGAAUUAAAUAUAUUAAUCUUUGAUGAAGUACUCGAUCUUAUUGCUCGUGUUGAAAGAGUUAUAACACAACCAGGUGGAUCAUUAUUACUUGCUGGACGUAGUGGCGUUGGUCGUCGAACUGCUGUUCGAUUAGUUACCCAUUUACAUCAGAUGACAUUAUUUACACCUAAAGUUUCACGCAAUUACGGCUUAAAACAAUUUAGAAAUGAUUUAAAAUCAGUCAUGCAACAAGCUGGCGUUGAAGGAGAAAAUGUCGUAUUACUUAUUGAAGAUUAUCAAGUUGUUGAAGCGGAAUUUUUAGAAAUUAUUAACAGCUUAUUAAGUGGCGGUGAAGUACCAGGUCUCUACUCGACAGAAGAAUUAGAGCCAUUAUUAACCCCAUUGCGUGAUCAAGCAUCACAAGAUGGAUUCCGUGGACCGUUGUUAUCCUAUUUUACAUCCCGUGUACGCUCUAAACUUCACUGUGUCUUAAUUAUGGACAAUACUAACGCACAAUUUUCAGUAGCAUGCAAGUCUAAUCCAGCAUUUUAUAAAGCUUGCUCAUUCCAAUGGAUGGAUUCAUGGAGUACCAACAGUCUCAUGAAAAUACCUCAGAUUUAUCUAGAUCCACACACUCAAUCCGAUUCAAGCAUUAAAAAUGUCUGGAAUGAUUUAGCUAAAGCGAUCUUACACAUCCAUGAAUCAGCACCAAUCGAUAGUACACCACGUCGCUUUAUGACAUUAUUGCAAAGUUGUCAAGCUGUCUAUAACAUGAAACGUGAAGGUAUUGAAAAACGCCAAAGUCGCCUUCAAGCUGGUUUAUCGAAAUUAAAUGAAGCUAAAUCAUUAGUCGAUGAUUUAAAAAAGGAUGCAGCUAAACAGAGUACAUUAUUAGCUGAGAAACAAGCUGAUGCUGAUCAGGCAUUGCAAGAAAUAUCCACAAGUAUGCAACGAGCUAGUGAUCAGCGAAAUGAAAUGGAAAUAUUAAAACAAAAAUUAGCUGAAGAAUCGGCUAAAUUAGAAAAAAGAAAGAAAGCGAUUGAUAUCGAAUUAUCCGAGAUUGAGCCAUUAGUUCAAUCCGCUCGUCAAGCUGUUGGUAAUAUUAAGCCAGAAUCUUUGUCUGAAAUACGUUCACUACGUAUGCCUCCUGAUGUUAUACGUGAUAUUUUAGAAGGUGUACUAAGAUUAAUGGGCAUUUUUGAUACAUCAUGGGUCAGCAUGAAAUCCUUUUUAGCUAAACGUGGUGUUAAAGAAGAAAUUUGCACUUUUGAUGCACGUAAAAUUACAACAGAUAUACGUGACAAUGUCAAUGAAUUACUCAAAUCGAGUAAUUCGUUCGAUGAAAAAGUAGCUAAACGUGCUAGUGCAGCUGCUGCACCAUUAGCUGAAUGGGUUAAAGCCAAUAUUAAAUUUUCUAUUGUAUUAGAAAAGAUUGAACCCCUUGAAACGGAACAAAAUGCGUUAAAGCGUAACCUUGAUAAAUCACAAGCACGCUUAGAUAAAUUAGUUAAAGCAUUAAAUGCAGUGGAUAAAGAGGUUGCAGCUAUGAAAGAGCGUUUCGAGAAGCGUACAACAGAAGCGGCUAAAUUAAAGAUACAGCUAGAGAAAGCACAAGAAACGAUUGAUGCAGCUGAGACAUUAGUGACUAAAUUAGAUGGGGAAUAUAAACGAUGGUCAACUCAAGUUACUAACUUAACAUCAGAAAUGAAUCAAUUACCUCGAUGGUCAUUAAUUACAGCUGGUUUUAUGACUUAUCUUGGAAGUGCACCGGAAAAUGUACGUGAAAAUAAAAUUCAUGAUUGGUGUCGUGCAUGUAAUGUAGAUCGAUUGGAUUUGCGACGAUUUUUGAGUACAGAAAGUGAGCAAUUGUCCUGGAAAGCAGAAGGUCUACCGUCGGAUAAUUUAUCCAUUGAGAAUGCUAUCUUUAUUUUAAAGUCUUCUAUAACACCAUUUUUAGUCGAUCCCUCGAUGAGAGCAACCGAUUGGUUAAAAACCCAUUUAAAAGAUGCAAGAUUAGAAAUAGUCAAUCAACAAGAUCCUAACUUUACGACAUCACUUGAGUUAGCGAUACGAUUUGGUAAAACAUUAAUUAUCCAAGAAGUGGAUAAUAUCGAGCCUAUAUUAAUACCAUUAUUAAGGAAUGAUUUAAUCAGCCAAGGCCCACGUUAUGUGAUCCAAAUUGGCGAAAAAGUUAUCGACUAUAAUGAAGAUUUCAAGUUAUAUUUAGCUACACGUAAUCCUCAACCGGAAUUACCAUCAGAUGCUGCAUCAAUCGUGAACGAAAUUAAUUUUACAACAACGAAAGCUGGUCUAACAGCUCAAUUAUUAGCUAUGACAAUACAAAACGAGAAACCAGAAUUAGAAGUACGCAAAAUGGAAUUUUUAAAGACAGAAGAAGAAUUAAAAAUUCAAGUGGAAAAAUUAGAAGAUUCCUUAUUAGAAGAAUUAGCCCAAGCUGAAGGCAAUAUCUUGGAAAAUAAGGAUUUAAUCGAAUCAUUAAAUAAAACUAAAGCAAGUAGCAUUACAAUCGCUGAAUCGCUACAAGAAUCACUACGACUUCAAUCCGCAUUAGAUCAAGAGCGUGAUGUUUAUCGUCCAUUAGCCGAAUAUGGUAGUUCCUUGCUGUUUGUUAUAACCGAUCUAAGUAAAUUAAAUAAUAUGUACCGCUUUAGUUUAAGCUCCUUUUUACGCUUAUUUCAACGUGCAUUAAAAUCAGAACUUGAUGCUGGUAAUAUUGAAAUGCGAAUUAAAUUAUUAAUGUCAUCGUUAAGAUCACUAGUCUACGAAUAUGCAUGUCGAUCAUUAUAUAAAGCUGAUCAUUUAACAUUUGCAAUGCACCUUGUCCAUGGCAUUCGACCAGAAUUAUUCCAAGAACAAGAAUGGGAAUUCUUUUGUGGCCUGAUUGUAUCGGACGUCAACGUUCACAAACAAGAAGGAAGUAAACGAUCUCAUGAAUUUUUACCAAAUUGGUGCGAUGCUGAAUUAGCCUCAUCGAUUGCUGCAUUGAAAACCACCUUCCCAACUUGGUUUCAAAAUCUUAAAUUAGACGAUAAUAAUAUUUGGAGUACAUUUUCAAGGCAUUCCCAAUGUGAGAAAGAGUUUCCGUCUGAUGUAACACGCAAAAUUAGUGAGUUCCAACAAGUGUUAACUAUUCAAGCUUUGCGCCCUGAUCGUUUACAAAGUGCUAUGAGCCUUUUUGCCGCACGUGCACUCAAUAUGAAAGAAUUGUCACCGCCGACAUUAAAUUUAAAACGAUUGUAUACUAAUGAAACUGUAGCUGAUGAACCAAUCUUGAUUAUUAUUUCACCUGGUGCUGAUCCAUCACAAGAAUUGCAAGAUCUUGCUUCUAAGACUGUUGGCGAAGAUAAAUAUCAUCAAGUAGCAAUGGGUCAAGGCCAAGCCGAUAUUGCUAUACGCUUAUUACGCGAUUGUGCUCGAAAUGGCGAUUGGCUUUGCUUGAAAAAUUUACAUUUAGUAACAUCAUGGUUACCAAUUUUAGAGAAGGAAUUUAAAUCGCUCGAACCGCAUCAGGAUUUCCGUCUAUGGUUAACUUCAGAGGUUCAUCCAAAGUUUACACCAAUAUUACUUCAAUCUAGCUUGAAAGUAACUUAUGAAGCACCUCCAGGGGUAAAAAGAAAUUUACAAAGAACAUUAGAAUCAUGGUCAACCGAUUUUUUCCAGAAAAGUAAUUCACCAAUUAGAGCACAAGCUUUAUUUACUGCUGCAUGGUUUCAUGCUAUUGUUCAAGAGCGUCGUAGUUAUAUCCCACAAGGCUGGUCGAAAUUUUAUGAAUUUUCAAGAUCUGAUUUACGUUGUGCUGCUGAAGUCAUUGAAAGGGUGUUGAAAAAAUCCGGUAAUGACUCAGUGAAGUGGGAAUUUGUCCAUGGCUUAUUAGAAAAUGCAGUCUAUGGUGGCCGUAUCGAUAACCCAUUUGAUAUUCGAGUACUUGAAUCUUACCUCCAUCAAUGCUUUAAUAAAAGUGUAAUUGGAGGCCAAUCAGGCCGACGAAAACCACUCACCAAUAAUUUUAGCAUGCCUCAAUCAUCACAUUACCAAGAUUACAUGGAUAUGAUCUCGUUAUUAUCCGAUAAUGAUCAGCCUUCCUUGUUUGGUUUACCAGCUAAUAUUGAACGAUCAAUACAAAGAUCAAUUAGUACACAAGUUAUUAGUCAGUUGAAAGUAUUGAUGAGAGCUGAUGCAAUAGUUGAUAAAUUCGAUAAAGAGAAAUGGCAGACAGAAUUAGGACCGAUAUUGCAGUUGUGGAAGAAACUCAAUCAGGGUACUAAAUUACUACAAGAGAAAGGCUCAUUCCCCUCUGGGAAAGCUGUUGAUGAAUCCCCAGUUACCGCUUUUAUUCAACUUGAACGAUAUAAUGCUAUUAAAUUAAUGCAGUCCGUUCAUGGCUCUCUGUCUGGACUAAAUAAAGUUAUACGAGGAAAUGCUCUACUAACAACAGCAAUAACCGCACUAGCUGGAGCGCUUCUUAAAAACGAGGUACCAAGUAGUUGGAGCAAUAAGUGGGACGGUCCAGAAGAUCCUAUGCAAUGGUUACGCGCAUUAGUAGCCAAGACGUUAGCAUUAGGAACAUGGGUUCAAAAAUCUGAAUCAGGAUCUUUACUUUCAGAAUCAUUAGAUUUAGCUGAACUAUUUCAUCCAGAUACAUUCUUAAAUGCACUAAGGCAACAAACAGCAAGAGGGACAAAAUUAUCCAUGGAUAAUUUAAAACUCCAAUGUUCAUGGGAUGGAGAAAUUAAAGGAGCAAUGCAUCCAGUUAAGAUUACAGGCCUACAAAUCGAAGGAUGUAUAUUUGAUGGUAGUCGAUUUUCUGAUUGUCAGCGUGAUACUUCCAGUAUAUCAGCUGUGCCAGAUUGCAAAGUAGCGUGGGUACCGAAGGAAAUGGUUAGUCCAUACCCUGAAAAGAACUGUAUGCUACUCCCUGUAUACUAUGAUACAAGUCGGGAAGGAAUUGUAACUAAAUUGAAUGUACCAUGUGGUGGUCAACAAAUUAAAUGGAUCCAGUGCAAUACUGCAUUAUUCCUGAAAAAGAUAUAA